CAAAAGGGCCCUACUACGUUAACUUCCUGCCGCUUCUUGUGGGUGGAUGAGAGUCACACAAUCGAAAGGACCAUGUUCUUCCCCGUUGUUGCUUGACGGUUCUGGUGUGCUCGUUCUCUCAUUCUCUCAUGUUCCUCGAUAUCUCCAUCUUCUCAGCCAGCUGCUCCACUGGAGCGCCUCAGCAGAAAUACAAACCAUGCCCUCGCACAUGGUUAUGACCACUCUACAAGCGACGGCUCUUUCCGCCGUGUCAAAUCUUCUUGCGCAGUUUCUCAAAGCCCAUCGAGAGAAUCGCCCACUGACCAUCUCCAUACGGCCACUCCUGCACUUCGUUAUUUUCACCAUCAUUUCCUGCCCGCCGAACAUGCUAUGGCAGGAAUUCCUCGAAGACCGGUUCCCGGCGUACACAUACAGCCCGACGUCGUCCGAAAAGGUGCUCAACCGACCUAACACUGCGCAUAAGCUGCUGUUCGACCAGACCCUCUGCGCAUUCGUGAAUACGGUCGCCUUCGUAGCUGCCAUGGCUGCUUUCAAGGGCAAGAAUGUGAAAGCUGUACGAAGGGACGUUGAACGGGACACCAUCCCUCUCAUGAUCAACGGCUGGAAGCUAUGGCCGAUGGUUGCCUUCCUGAACUUUGUCUUCGUCCCUGUGAAUCACAGGAUCAUCGUCGCCAGCAUCGUCGGUCUUUUCUGGGGCAUAUAUCUAAGUUUGUUUGCGACGCUGGAUUGAAAGAGCAUGGACCUUUCAAAGGCUGGAACACCUGAACUUCCCUCGAGCACGAACCAGGAGGAAGCCCGGUCAUAAGCCCAGCAUUCCUGUAAGAGCAGGCGGUUCUGCGAGCAGCCUCUCGCGCUGAUACCCAUCCACAUAUGACGGUCAUACCGUCCCGACGACACGCCGGAGCUUCCAUGCUCUCGGCAAGACGAAGCAUCGCCUAUGCCAUGCAUCCUUCCGGCCGACAAGCGUUGUUCACCGCAUCCUGCUGUUGAGCCCGAUCCGGAGAAUCUCAAUGACCCUAUCCCCUCGCUCUACACUUCUCUGGGCAAUUUGCACAAAGCAAGCAACAAGGGCAGGGCAUGUACGUAGUACACUCGCACUGCUUCCUUUCACGAUGUGAAACGAUAAAGUCGAGUCGACUCGAGUCGAAACGCCACCAGGACCGAAGCUUUGGAAGGGCAAAAAGGGAAUGUACUCCAUACGGGACCUAGACGCGAGAGAGGAGUGACCAGAAGAACGGAGCAUAGCGAGACAUCUAGAAAGCACCCCUAACCUGUCUCCGGUCUACGGGCUUCUGCCUCGGUGCGGGAGCGAAGCAACGAAAUAAACACGAUCGGCGCACAAUGGAGCUGUCAGUCGAAAUGCGUUUUGAAGCAACCUCAUGCUAGUAUCCUCACCGGUGGGCGAAGAGAAAAAGGCGCCUCUCGUCUAGCGUCGUCUAUACACUGUCUACAGUCCGUUCCUUGCACGUCUGUCGGUGUCAACUACGCUGGCAACCCUAGGACCGGCGGAAUUUUGUGCCAAUCGGUGGUCGCUAGAAUGUAUAUACAGAGUACAUUCGGCUCGUGGUUCACAACAUAGACGAAGCUGUUCAUCAGGCAGAGACAAAAUCUCAGUGCGACUGUACCAAACAGUGGCUUUUUGAGAUCUGGGGAAAUCUACAAAUGAAGCUUGACUAGAACCAAUGAGUUGGAAAGUUGUUAUCUUCAGAUUUGACCAUGCUCGAAAACGCCAUCGAGUUAUCAUUUCGCCCCCAGUAAACUCCUCAAUGCCAG